AUGCAAUUAAGCCCAAUAAAAGUAGUUAAGGCCCCAGAUGGAACAAUGAAUAGAGCUGCCCUUGCCGGCGCAUCAUUAGCGAAGGAACGUAGGGAAUUAAGAGCUCAGCAAACGAACGCCGAACUAGAUUCUGUUCCCAAAGAUAUCAACAUUCCAUGGUUAGAUCCUAUGCCCGAACCAGGCGAACGUCAUUUUGCGCAAGACUUAAGGGGUAUUGCAGCAGGCCGUAAGGCCGGAGAAGUGCCAGAAUGGAAACGUGAAACUUUCAAUAAAACAACCAGCUUUGGCAAGGUCACUUCAAUGACAAUUCAAGAACAACGUCAGAGUUUGCCCAUAUAUCAAAUGCGUUCGCUAUUAAUCCAUGCUAUAACAGAGAAUCAACAGUUGAUUAUUGUCGGUGAUACUGGUUCUGGUAAAACUACUCAGAUGACACAAUACCUGGUUGAGGAAGGCUUAGCGGAG